AUGAGACUCUUAACAUCAGUAGCAAUCUGGCUCUCCAUUGCCAGCACAGGGAUCUACGCCCAAGGGCUCUCCAAAGACACCGCAUCAACCAACGAGCUGCCCGCCCUCUGCUCGGUACUCUGUCUGCCUCUCAAACUCGUCUUCCCGAACUGCGAUACCCUCUGCCAGACAUGCGAAAAGCCCAAGACGUUUUGCAAGACUGGUAAGACGGCUGAGUGUGUUGACCUGUCGACUGAUGUCGGUAAUUGCGGGAAGUGCGGGAACAAGUGCGGCGACAAGGAAAGUUGCUGCAACUCGAAGUGCAUCUCCUCGGCCAGCUUUCAGACUGAUAGUAACAACUGUGGCAAGUGUGGUGUCAAGUGUGAUGAAGGUCAAGCUUGCUGCGAUUCUCAGUGUAUAAGUACGAUGCAGUUGCGGAGUGAUGGUAAAAACUGCGGAACGUGCGGUAGCAAGUGUGGCCAGGGCACGGUUUGCUGCAACUCCGAGUGUCUUCCCAAAGACGCAUUCCAGAGCGAUCCCAUGAAUUGCGGCAAAUGCGGGAAUAAGUGCCCGGAAAACUUCAACUGCCACUCAGGUCACUGUCUCGAACCACACACCUGUAAAGCGGGCGUCUCCCUCCUCGAAAGCUGCCAAGAUCCCAUCGUCAGCGGAUCAAGCUGUGGCGCCGGCGAGGACGAGCUGUGCGAUUGCAUGGAGCCUGUCGAGGGCGUCCCGUUCUGUGGCGCAUUCGAUGGGCAAUAUUGUCAGGACAUGUGUAAUUCUGAUAAGGACUGCCAUAAUAGCAAGGGUAAGAAGUGUGCGAGAAGGGACAAGACGUGUUGUUCGGCGGUGGCUACCGAUAUGUAG